GAUAAGGAAACACUUUAUGGAUUUGGUGCAGAAGAGCCUACCACUGCGUACACCAGCGGUUGCGGGUAACGUUGCUACCAACCAUGGUAGGCCAAAUCCUGGUAUUAUGGUUGUGUCUCAACCUGCCUACAGCAAACUCAGCUACCCAUUCCCUGAAGUAUUUCUACACAGCGCUCCCUGGCCUUCCAGAGUUCAGCGCUGUUACUUAUCUGGAUGAGGAACCAAUUUAUUUCUAUGACAGUUCUACAAAGGAAGUGGUAGCUCGACAGGAGUGGGUAAAAGAAGCCGUGGAUCCAGACUUCUGGAGAAGAAAUACACAAAUUCUUAAGGAGACUGAGAAGGUGUUAAAAAACAACAUAGCCACUGCAAGAGAUCGCUUCAACCAGACAAGUGCCCGUACAUUGCAGGUAAUGUACAGCUGUGAGUGGGUUGAGGAAACUGGUGCUACAGAGGGACAUGAACAGUAUGGAUAUGGAGGAGAGGACUUCCUGUUAUUUGAUCUGAAGAAUGAAAGAUGGAUUGCACCUGUUCGGCAGGGACACAUCACCAAAAUAAAGUGGGACGCUAAUGUUCCUAAACUUGAAGCCAAAGUUCACUAUCUAACCCACACAUGUAAUGAAUGGCUGAACAAAUAUGUUUCCAAUCGGAGACGCAUGCUGCAGAGGACAGCCCCACCACAGGUAACUUUGUUUCAGAAAGAACCCUCCAAUCCUGUGACCUGCCAUGCAACAGGCUUCUAUCCGAACGCAAUCAUGAUAUUUUGGAGAAGAGAUGGGGUAGACGUCCAUGGUGAUGUGGUGCAUGAAGAGACCCUGCCUAACGGGGAUGGGACGUAUCAGAAGAGAACCCAUCUCACUGUGUCCCCUGAAGACCUACAGAAGCACGACUACAAAUGCACUGUCAAACACAGUGGCAAUGAGGUGGUUCUGUCUGCUAACAGGGACAGCAUUCGUAGCAACAGCAGGAAUACUCAGGGGGUCUCCAUCAUCAUCACUAUCAAUAUGGUCUUGAUGUUGGUCAUAUUGGCCUUCAUGGUUACUGUGCUUGUCUUAAAGAGAAGGAGGGACUGCAAAGGAAAAGAACCAACAACUGGAAAGGAAAAACAAUGUCCAAUAAGUCACCUGGAGAAGAAUGUUCUUCUGCUCAACAAUUCAAAACCUGCUGAAAUGGAGAAAUCAAAAUUGAGCCAUUCAGCUGAUACUCUCCAGUGCCCGACUCAAGAUACGACAGGUUCCGACAGAAUCAGAACACUUUCCUCAAGCUCUUCUGGCGGCUCUGAUGACUCUGAAGACUCUACAACUCCUCUUGUCAAGAAACUCUAGGUCGACUGCAGUUGGAGGGCUGUCUUUUUUGUAUCGGGACUCUGGAGUAACUCCCUGGCUAUUUUAAUUGAAUGUUCAAAUUUAACUUUGUGUGUUGUAGUGUACAACUUCAACUAUAACGAAUAUAUGCUCUAUUGAUCCUCACUUGUUAAGGAUAUGGUUGCAUAUGGCUCAGGUUAAUGUAUCUAGCCUUCCUAACAAAAUACAUGAGCUUUUUAAUUUGGUCAACAUAAAUAAUAUUCAUAUUUUGGCUUUGAGCGAAACACAUUUAGAUACAUCUGUAAAUGAACAUUCAUGCAUAUAAUUUACUGAGAAGAGACAGGAAUAGGAAUGGUGGGGGUGUAGCACUGUAUAUUAGAUUUGCGUCAAUUCGAAUCUGGUAUCAGGAUAAAUAUGACAAUGAGUCACCGAUUGUAUACUAUGUAUUUUUUAUUAGCUAAGCAAUAAGUGGUAAAUGCAAUUUUUGUAUAUACGGGCUCUGUCCCACCUCGCAGGGCAAACAGAGAACUGACUUGUUCCUGACAAAGAUAUUAUAAUAUACCCUGAUGACAGUAGUAGUUCCGGCUUCCGAGCCGGCCUGUCAGAGUAGAGACUGGGCGUGGUUUAAACUUGCUCAGCCUAUUGCAGGCGCUCAGGCGGGUCCCCGCCUCUUGGCGCUUCUGUUGAUAGAUGUAACUGUUGCUGUGAAGAACAUCCAUGCGCUCAUGCUCGAUACCGUUAUCUCGCACCUGGCUCCUGUUAUCUUACAAAAGACCGCUUGUUCUCGCGACACCCCGCUCUGAAUGUGCUCCCCCCCAACUCAUUGAACAGUACCUGUCUUCUGUAUUUUUCCAUCGUGAGAAAGGCCCAUGGCCUUGAAACUGUUAACAAUGUUUCAAGUCAGCUAUGUUGCAAAACACAUACAUACAUCCACACAAGCCAACAGCAGAUAAUAUUCAAUCACAUAUAUGGUAACGGGCUAUAGUGCAUAACACAGAAACCUCAUAUUAUUCAGAAUCAUAUACCUUUUAAGAGGAGGGAUGACCUUAAUGUAUGUCAAGUAGAGGCACUAUGGGCUCAGGUACAUCUGCCUCACCAGGCAGCCAUAUUGGUAGGAUGUGUGUAUAGACCUCCUAGCUCUAAGGUGUCCUAUCUGGAUGACUUAUGUACUGGGUUUGACCAGGCCACAGAUAGCAACAAAUAUGUAUUUAUCUUGGAUGAUUUUAAUAUAAAUUGGAAGGAUCACAAUAAUUUGAAUAGAACAAUUGAUGAGAUAUGCUAAGAACUGUGGUUUGAAACAAAUGGUUAAUGAUACUACUAGAUCAUCAAUUAAGUUGAGUCAUCGUUCAGACACAUGCAUUGAUCUGAUUUUCUGUAAUAUACCAUUGCGAUGCUUAAAAGCCAGAUCAAUGCCAGUGGGCUAGACCGACCAUAAUAUUGUGGACAUAACCAUAAACACUAAGAUUCCAAAGAAACCCCCUAGGAUUGUGGUUACGAGAAAUUUUAAAACAUUUAAUCAUGAGUUAUUUCUGAAUGAUUUGGCUGCUGUACCCUGGGAGUUGAUUUAUUUAGAGGAUGAUUUAAAUCACACUACAGAAUGUUUUAUUGAUUUGCUCACUGAGGUAAUGGACCAUCAUGUCCCUAUAAGAAAGAGUACAGUUGGUGCUUGUCCAUCUCCAUGGAUUGAUGCCAGGUCACAAUUGUAAAUGAGAACUUGUUCUCAACUUGCCUACCUGGUUAAAAUAAAGGUGAAUUUUUUAAAAUUAUGAACUGGGUGAGGCUCGCAAAAAAAUAUGGCAAAAAUCUUAGCAGCCAAGUCAAAAUUAGAAAUUGAUGAACAGAAUCAUAGAACAUUACGUAAUUAUGCAAUUAAAUUGAAUCGAAAGGAAAAAAGUUAUUUUACAACAAUGCUUUUAUUGAUUAUAAAUAUUAUUCCAAAAAGGUAUCACAGUUAAGGGCUUACUUGGUACAUCUAUUUCAUCAUGCCCAUCUAGUGUGGAGGUUGACGGGAGAAUAAUAACAAAACCAGUUGAUAUUGCCAAUCAUUUCGCAGAUUUUUUUACAAAGAAAAUUAAUUUACUGAGCAACAAUGUAAACACACAUUAUUCCAAACAAGCUAUUGUCCAAUGGAUUGAUGAUCAUAUUAUGAUCAACAAGAUCUGCUCUUUUAGUCUACAAAUGGUGUCAGUGGAGGAGGUGUUAAACCUACUGAAGUCAUUACCUGAUGGUAAAUCUACAGGUAAUGGUCUUAUGGACAAUUUUUUGCUUCGCUGUGCUGCUCCCCAGAUUGCAGUUCCACUGAGAUACAUAUUUAAUUGGUCACUGGAAAAGGGGAUGUUUGCAAAUGUAUUGAAGCAUGCAAAACUGUGUCCUAUUCCUAAAGACAGCAAAGAACCCAUUACUCCUGCCAAUAGUCAACCAAUUAGUCUACUCACUACACUCAGUAAGAUAUUGGAGGGUAUUGUGAGUAGACAAAUAUGGGAGCACAUGGAAAAGAAUGAUCUGAUUACAACCAAUCGGCAUGCUUAUCGCAAAAACCAAUCCACUACCACUGCAUUGGUUGACAUUACUGACCAGUGGCUCAAUGCUAUGGAUAAUGGCAAGUUUGUGGGUGUGGGUGUACUAUUUUUAGAUUUCAGUGCAGCAUUUGAUUUAGUGGAUCAUGAAAUCAUUUUGACAAAAUUAAUGCAUUAUGGUUUUAAGGAGGUAGCAUUGAAUUGGGUACAGUCAUAUCUAACUGACAGGAAACAGUCCACCUAUAUCAAUGGUUCAUUUUCUUCCCCUCAUGUGUUAAACUGUGGAAUACCGCAGGGCAGCUGCCUUGGGCCACUUCUUUAUUUAAUAUAUACUAACGACCUUCCCUAUGCCUUAGCUGAAACUCAAGCUACCAUAUUUGCUGAUGAUACUACAAUUUAUGCAGCAAGACAAUCGGUUCAACAGGUACAGCAAGCUUUACAAGGAGAUUUGGAGAAUAUUAGGGAGUGGGUUUGCCGAAACAAACUUGUUUUAAACACCAAGAAAACCAUAGUUAUGUUGGUCUGUUCCACGAGGAAAAGGCCAAAACAGCAUGGGAUAUAAUUAAGUAUGGGAGGAGUACAAAUUGAAGAAGUGGCAGAAACUAAACUAUUGGGAAUGGAGCUAGACAACUAU